AUGGAGAGUCGUGUGGGGUUGGACUACAUAGUGGAGCAUGCCGAAUACGCGGGCAAGCUCGCGGCAGCGCUUUCCUCACCAGCGGCUGCCGUCAAGAAGCAGGUGUUCGAGCUGCUGUCCGCGCUAUGUGUCUACAAUGCUGACGGCUACGCCAGGGCUGUUGACACACUAGAUCGAUAUAAGACAUUAAAAGGCGACCGGUACCGGCUUAGCGUGGUGGUAGAAGAGCUGAAGAAUGCCACCACGACAGACUACAAGACGGCGCUGGUGGCCUUCAUCAACUGCCUCAUCAUAUCUGCACCCAGGCUACCAGACAGGAUACGUGUUCGGAAUGAGUUUAUUGGUCUCGGUUUACUACCAACAUUAAGCAACUUAAGACAUGAAGCUGCCAGCCAUCCAGACCUGGGCGUGCAGCUUGACGUGUUUGAAGAGCAGAGGGAAAGCGACGAAGCCCAAGGUCCUGGAGGAAUCAAUCUCAAUUCACAUCUCGAUGUGUUCUACGCUAUUCUUAAACAGGUUGCAGACACACCUCAAGAAAUACCCUUCCUGAGCAUCCUUCAGCAUUUGCUCAAACUAGACCCCAAAGAACCGGUCAGUGACAUAAUUUGGGAUACAGCCGAGACGCUGGUCCACCGAGCGACGUUACUAGAGAGCAGAGAAGACGCUGCCAAGUUGCUAAGAGCCCCAAGUGUUCAAGCGAAAGUAGGAUGCAUGUGCCAGCACAGGGAUACGUCGGGAGCGGCCAGGAAACAAAGCUUGCAGAGAGCCCUGUCGCCGCCCCCACCACCGCCGCCGGCUCCAGCACCCCCACCUCCUGCAGUAGCCGCAGCUCCCCCCGCACCACCCGCGCCGCCCCCGCUUGCGCCACGCGGGCCGCCUCCACCGCCCCCUCCAGCGGGCCCCGCGCCACCCGCACCGCCCGCUCCCACGCCUGCGCCCGCCCCUCUCGAACGUCUGCCCCAGCAAGAAAUCCCCACACCCAAGACCAAGAUGAAAACCAUUAACUGGAACAAAAUACCCAACAACAAAGUAAUUGGACAAAACAACAUUUGGGCAAUAGUCGCCUCGAGUCACAAACACUCACCCAAAGCGGAGCUGGAUUGGGGCGAAAUCGAAGGAUUAUUUUGCCAACAGGUUCAGCCCACUGGCUCAGCUGGAUCAUCUCCUAGAUUAGGCCGCAGUCCCAUUUGCGAUAGCUCCGGUGAAAGAAAGCCUAGAAAAGAGGCUUCUGAAAUAACACUUCUGGAUGGCAAAAGGAGUUUGAACGUCAAUAUAUUCUUAAAGCAGUUUCGAAGUUCAAACGAAGAUAUCAUUCAGCUCAUUCGAGAGGGUUCGCACGACGACAUCGGCACUGAAAAAUUGAGAGGCCUCCUGAAAAUCCUACCAGAAAUAGAUGAAUGCGAGAUGCUCAAAGCGUUUACAGGAGACGUUAUGAAAUUAGGGAACGCCGAGAAAUUCCUUCUGCAGUUAAUACAGUUACCGAAUUACAAACUGCGCAUAGAGUGCAUGCUCUUGAAAGAAGAGUGGCCAUCUACGGCAGGUUAUUUGGAGAGUGCCAUAAAUGCUAUUCUAGUCGCUGGAGACGAUCUGAUGUCUUCAAGAGCUAUACAGGAGAUCCUGUACCUGGCGCUGAUCGCGGGCAACUUCCUGAACGCGGGCGGGUACGCGGGGGGCGCGGCGGGGGUGCGGCUGGGCUCGCUGCAGAAGCUGCCCGACAUCCGCGCCAACCGGCCCGGCAUGAACCUCAUGCACUACCUCGCCAUGCAAGCAGAAAGAAAAAACAAGGAGCUAGUCCACUUCGCAGAUGACAUUCGGGUGUUAGAAGAAGCAGCCAAAGCCAGCGUGGAGCAGCUACACAAUGAGAUCAAAACUUUGGAAUUGAGGAUCAAUACGCUCAAGAGGGAUAUCCAGCUGCCAACCACGCAACAAGAUAUAAAGGACCAAAUGGGCGAUUUCCUACAGGAUGCAGAAAGAGAAGUAUCUGCAUUGAACAAAGACAUGGAGGAGGUGGAGAGCAUGAGGAAACAACUGGCCGAGUUCUUCUGUGAAGAUCCAGUUGUAUUUAAACUCGAGGAUUGUUUUAAAACGUUCGUGUCGUUCUGCAGCAAGUUCCGGGCGGCCGUGGCCGACAACGAGCGGCGGCGCGCGCACGACGAGCAGGCGGCGGCGCGACGCCGUGCGCGCGACGCGGCACGCGACGCCGCCAAAGCACGAGCAGCUGGCAGUAUGUGUAGCACGCCAGUGUCGGAAUGCGAGUCGCUGAUGGAGUCCUUGCUACUAGACAUCAGGAACGGGCUUGGUAGACGAUCGCUAAGGAAGCCUGCACACGAUCCAUCGCCGUCUCCUGACGUGACGCCGACGGGCAGCCUGCGGCGCCGCAGCCGCGCCAGCCCGGACGACGAGGACGGGCUGCUGGAGUUCCUGCGCCACGCCUCGCCCGCCGCCGCCGACCUGCGCGAGCGCAGCGCCUGGGGCAGCCUCGAUCGGUCGUGGUCGCGGCGCGGGCCGGUGCGCGCGCGCCUCGACAUCCCGGAGGCGAGCCGCGAGCGCGCGCCCUCCCCCGCCUCCCCCGCGCCCCCCGCGUCACCCGCACCCCCCGCCUCCCCUGCACCCCCCGACACGGCACACACUGCCCCCGUCACCGCAGGCACUAAACCCAAAGAAUGGAGACAGAAAAUCGAGUCAUGGCUAAGAGCGAACAGUCAGGAAGAAAAGCGAGACGCAGAACUACGCGAGCGCGCGAGGCGGCUACAGGCUAACAGGCGAUCCUUGGAAAACGACUCCGAGAGCGAACGCAGCACGACACUGGAGCCACUGGCGGAGGGCACGGGCGAGGGCGGGGCGGAGGCGCGCGCCGACUGGCGGCCCGCCGUGCUGCCCGACAGCGACGUCGUGCGCGCGCUCGAGGCCGUCGAGGAUGUGCAACCACCGAAAAAAGACAACAGACUGCCGUGGAGGAAAACAGAAGAAAAUGAGGAGAUGAGACGGCUACGCAGGCAGAGAUCUCGGCAGCAAAUAGAAGCACCACAACCUCUAGUGCCUAUCACCGAAGAAGAACGACGAAAAUUACCUGACAUCAAAGUUACCAGUGCGAAGGAGACAAGGGUGGAACGGACAGAUCGAAUUGAAAUUGAUUCCGACAACAUCGAAACUCCACCAGCUCAAAGGAAACUAUUCAAUCCACCUCCAGAUAAGGAAACAUGUCGAAAGUUCCAACCGUCAACACCUACCAAACCAACCCUGAGCGAUAAAGCUUCCGCAGAAAUGAGAGACCUGUGUCAGGAGAUUUUGGGUGACGGACAAUUUGACAGAUUCUCAGCAGCAAGAAGAACGAGACGCUACAAGAGAAAUACAGAGUCUAGUUCCCAAGAAGAAGAAAAGAAAGUUGAGAGUCCAACGGAAUUAGUUGCGGAAACGCAAGUUAUUCGACCAUCAAUGUUAGAAGUUCAAGCGUCGUAUGUAGAUUCUUCAAAGGACGUAGCGAAGCCAAUCGAAGAAGUCGUUAAAGUUGAAAAAGAAAACAGACUGAAACGUUGGCAGGACAGAUUAAAAAGCCAAAGCACAGACAAAACGCCGACCAAAGAAACAAAGUCCCUGCCAUACUCGCGAAUGAGGAGACAGACGUCCAUCAAUCAGGAAGAUGUGCAAAAGGCGAUAAGGGAGCUUAAAUCGCCAACAGAGACGCCGACUGGUGUGUGGUCAAGAAAUGCAUAUAGAAAGUCUAUGAAUGCUAAAUUGGAAAAGGUUCCAGUAUCAACUCCUACGGAAAGGACCUCCUCACCACGAAUCCCAAAGGUCAAGAGUGAGCACGAACUGAAUGAUGAAGGUUUCGAAGAAACGCAAAGUCUGAACUCCGAGAGUGCUUCGCAAGGCGCUUCAUCGGGCUGUAAUAUUGACUGUGAAUCUCCAAUACCGAAAACAGAAAAAGUACUUGAAACUCCAAAGAAAGUUCCCACCAAAGAGACCAAACCGCCCCCGCGAACGCCGCUGGACCCUAAACGUAGCUUUGCGAAAAGGGCUAGCUCAUUAAGGGUAGAAAGAUCUACUUCCCGCACAUCCCUGCGAAGUUCUAGGAGUUCACUAAACAGUUCAGCGUCAGUUGCGACCGUGAAGAGAGCUCCUCCUGCGCCCGUGAGGGUUGCGCCCAAAGCUGUUCCAAAGCCUGCACCACGGAUGCCAGCAUCCCGCUCCUCAUCCAGCGGCAGUUCUGUCGGCGCGUCGAGGCCUCCAGUAAAAACCGUGCCGAGAACAUCGGGCUUCAUGAGACCUACUCAGGCCUCGAAAGGAAGAGGCACACCGGGUGUUACACCCCAAUCCAGUGUAAGGGCCAGUGUGAAAUGA